CCAUAUACUAAACAGUUGCACUUUGUUUCCAUUAUUAUUAACUCCAUCACCAAUAGUACUAUCUGAACUACCCUUUUUAAUUUAAUUUUCUUAUCCAAAAGAAAAAAGGAAAUUUUACUGUGACUUCAUCCUUUUUUUCUUUUGUUGUUGAGGUAGUGAGAAAAAUUCAAGAAUUGGGUUAUGGAGAAAUCACCAGAGGAAGUGCAUCCAGUGAAAGCUUUUGGUUGGGCUGCUAAAGACAUUACUGGGUACCUCUCCCCCUUCAAAUUCUCCAGAAGGACAACUGGUGAUAAGGAUGUGAAGUUGAAGGUUCUUUAUUGUGGUAUCUGUCAUACUGAUCUUCAUCAAUUGAAGAAUGAAUGGGGAUUUUCUGAAUACCCUAUGGUCCCUGGACAUGAGAUUGUGGGUGAAGUAACUGAGGUUGGUAGCAAGGUGGACACGUUCAAAGUUGGAGAUAAAGCUGGGGUGGGGUGCCUAGUUGGAUCAUGUAGGUCUUGUGAAAACUGCAGCAAUGAUCUUGAGAACUAUUGCUCAAAGGGAGCAAUAGCUACCUACAAUGCGAUCGAUCAUGAUGGAACACCAACAUAUGGAGGCUACUCGGAUAUGAUUGUUGUUGAUGAACAUUUCGUCGUUCAUAUCCCAGAAAACCUACCCUUAGCUGCUGCAGCCCCUCUUCUUUGUGCUGGGAUUACAACCUACAGCCCACUAAGAUACUUUGGGCUAGACAAACCGGGUUUUCAUAUUGGUGUAGUAGGUCUUGGUGGACUUGGUCAUGUUGCUGUCAAGUUUGCCAAGGCUUUGGGACAAAAGGUAACGGUAAUUAGUAGAUCACAAGAUAAAAAGAAGGAAGCUACUCAUCAUCUCGGUGCUGAUUCGUUUUUGGUCAGCACUGAUACGGAUCAGCUUCAGGCUGCUAUGGGCACAAUGGAUGGCAUUCUUGAUACAGUCUCUGCUACUCACCCUGUCCAACCAUUGAUUGCGCUAUUGAAGACCAAUGGGAAGCUUAUCUUGCUUGGCGGAAUUGAAAAACCCCUCGAGCUACCAGUCUUUCCACUGCUUAUGGGGAGGAAGCUUGUAGGUGCCAGUGGGAUAGGAGGGAUGAAAGAGACGCAAGAAAUGCUUGAUUUUGCUGCAAAACACAAUAUAACAGCAGAUGUUGAAGUCAUUCCAAUGUACUAUGUAAAUACUGCAUUGGAGCGUCUCGCUAGAGCUGAUGUUAAAUACCGUUUUGUCAUUGACAUCGCCAAGACUCUUCAACCAGAAUGAUUACGACUUCCACUUCAUGUAAUUCUAGUAUUUUAUGAUGAUUUGGAAAUAAAACAACGGGUUUAAAUCGCAAUUCCAACCAGAAGCGAGCAUAACUGAAUUAUUUUGUUGUUAUCCAAACUGAUGUUGUACCUUUCAUUUUAGAGUUGUAUAUUUCUUUCUUAGUAGCUCAUGACGUGUGACACCAGCUCUCGGAGGUUGUAUAGUUCCACAUUUUAUUAACUUGGAGAUUCUUUCUUAAUGUUAAUCCUGUUCGUUAUUUCGCCUUA